UUCUUCAAAAGUAUGGAUCAAGGCGGAGAGAAUUCUCGGAUUCCCGAUGAUGAUGCUGACAGUUCUUUUCGCUUCCAAAGGCUUUUGUUUGAAGACGACUGGCAACUAUGGGACACUUACCCUACUGUCGUUGACGCUUGUGCCACAUCACCAGCUCCAACGGCUGAGAUGAACCAUGAUAGCCCUACUAUCGACGCUACUGCCACAUCACCAGAUCCAACGGCUGAGAUGAACCAUGACCAUGAUAGCCUGACAGUAGACUCCCCCCUCCUCGUCCAAGAUCAAGAAUCCAUCAGCCAGUGGCUCCAGUCAUCAUCGAGCAGUGAGGAAUCUGAAACAGCAUCGCAAGAAUAUUAUGUAGAUGUAUCCUCUCCUCAAGUCAUCCUCGCGAUCCCGUCCGAGGAACAAUUGAUGAAUGUCACCGAACAUGUAGGAGAAGAAGUCAACACUGGGCUAACCGUUGAAGUCAUUGAUGAGAACCUAAGAAGAAGGACAUAUGAAAACAGCAAUGAUGAAACGGAGCCAUGUGUGAUCUGUCAGCACAAGUUGAAGAACGGUGAAGAAGCUGCGAAACUGGAAUGUGAGCAUGACUUUCACUUCGAGUGCAUCAAGAGCUGGCUAAUGGUCAAGAACAAAUGUCCCCUUUGCAACCAGACAGUUGUUUAAAUGUUUUAUGAGGGUAGAAAUAUGUCAAGUUUGGAUUUUGACUUGAUUUCAGACUACCAUUGCUUUUGGUUUUAUAUCCAUUGCUUUUCCCUUCGGAUGCUAAUG